GGAGGUGGGUGAGUUAGGUGAAUAUAAGAGCCAAACGUUGAGUCUGUGAUAGAGGGCAGGCAAGAAUAUCUUGCUCGUAGAAGGAAGCAGUUUUCCGGUGCUAUUGUUUGCGGAAAACUAUUGAAGCAGUCCGGCCACUGAACACCAGGUUCUGGAGCGUUGGAGGUUGCUGUAGAAUUUUUAAUCUAGGACAUGUCAACCAGUGCCGGUUCGAGUAGCACUGUCGGCGCUGCGGGUGGUGGUGCCGGUAGCGGAGGCGGUGGUGGAAGUGCUGGCUCGGGUGGCGGACGCCGCAACGGUAAUGGACACGGUAGUGGUAGCACCACCCCGGAAGCUCCGUCGGUGCCUAAGCCAGAGACUAAAGAAACAAAGUCGAAUCCGAAGAUCUCCAAGGCACUGGGAACAUCGGCCAAACGUAUCCAGAAGGAAUUGGCCGAAAUCACACUCGAUCCACCGCCAAAUUGCAGUGCUGGUCCGAAAGGGGACAAUCUGUACGAGUGGGUUUCAACCAUUCUAGGUCCCCCGGGGUCGGUAUACGAAGGCGGAGUGUUCUUCCUUGAUAUCCAUUUCUCGCCGGAAUAUCCGUUCAAACCCCCGAAGGUCACCUUUAGAACGAGGAUAUAUCACUGCAACAUCAACAGCCAGGGCGUGAUUUGUUUGGAUAUCCUCAAGGACAACUGGUCGCCUGCGCUGACAAUUUCUAAAGUGCUGCUUUCCAUUUGUUCGCUUCUAACAGACUGUAAUCCAGCCGAUCCAUUGGUUGGGAGUAUUGCCACACAAUAUCUGCAAAAUCGGGAAGAGCAUGAUCGGAUUGCUCGCCUGUGGACAAAGCGAUAUGCUACGUGAUUUCCCAGCUCUGACGUUCUGUAUAUUUUUAAGUGAAAAUCAGUAAUUUAUAAAUUAUCCAUAACGAAGGAAACAUACUACAACUAAUGAUAACCUAUUGAAAAGAAAACAAAAUUAAGUAGCAGAGAACAACCACACUGUAACGAAAUAAUUUCAAUUUCAAACUGAUCGAAGGAAUGUAACUAGAUUCGCGAAAAUAUAUACAACCAAUCGCUAGAACCCACUUCUACAGCGCAAACUUCCCGUUUCUAUCAUCGAUGCAGCAAAUUUUCUCAUUUUGUUGUAUUCAUUAUUGAUAUACUUUAUUACUGAAUGAUGGAUCGAAAUAGGAUGAAAGGCAACUGUUUUACGGAAAUUUUUGGACAUUCGAUUUUUUAACGGUCACUGAAUCAAGUAACAAACGAAAAGUAAGUGGUGUGUUCGCGUAAAAGCCGAUCGAUUAAAGCAUUCAGUAUCCCUAGAACAACAAUAAUUAUGAAGAAUAAAUAUGGAAACUAAACGCCGUUUUUCCGAUCUUACACAAGAGCUAUAACAUACAGAACUCAGCUACAAGACGGACGAUACUUCGUUAGAAUAAAAUCAUUUGCUUAGGUUAACUUUACCAAUUAAUAUGUGUAAGCAAUGGACUUUAAAUUGCUGAAAAAAUGAAUAACAUAAUAACAAGCGUGUGGAUGUUCGUUUCCAUUAGUAAUGUGUUUUUUCAUUCAUCUUUUAUUUUUUCUAAUUUUCUAUACACGCAGUAAGAAUUAUUUUUGGGGACGUUUCACGCUAAGCUGUUCUUUGAAACUGAUUAGAUGAGUGUGGUGCAAUUGCACAUUUUCCAUAAAAGACUGAACCACACUGAUUAAACGAACAAUACGAAGGGCGGUGAUGUCGAUUACUGGAUAUCGGAACGUUCUCAAACGGACAUUCAAACUAUUGUUCCUAUGUAGCAUCAAACAAUUGACCUUUCUACAAAGUUAUUUCCUAAUUAGAACUGAGAAUUUUGAUUCGCAGAUCUAAGAAAUAAUCAGCUGUUUCCCAGCUCAAAGAAGAAGAAAAACAAUGUUGAUGUUUUCAAAACCAGUUCACCAAAACUUCGAGAACAAACGGGGAAAAGAAUGUGAAUAAUGUGAUAUGUAAAAAACGAAUUGAAGCCAACAAGAUAAGUAAAAUCUCUAAAUGGAACAAGCUCCGUUUAGCUAGCUACCGGUCUCAGCCAACCCGCUUAUGUUUAGUUCUAUGUCACUAAGUUGUUCCUUCUUCAAGAUCUCUUCUAUUCAAACAUUACAUGCGAAGCUGAAAUUUUUGCCUACUCCACUAGAACGAGACUCCAGAUUUGCGAACUUUUUGUUCGCAUACUCUACGGGACGGACAUGAACAAAUUAGAAGAACUUGUAGUACAGCCCCUUCCAAUGCUGGGUUGAGAUUAUCAUAUUAAAAUUAUCGAUUUUACAGAACAAUUUUUUUCAAACAUCCGUUAACCAAGAACGAUAAGGCGUAAACUGGAAGAAAGAAAUCGUAUUGAAAAAUCAAUAUUUAAACUAUACAAAUAAUUAAAAGCAGUCAAUGUGUAACAAA